AUGGCCGCAAUCUCGCAGCUCAACCUACAGGCUGUCUACACCGCUCCAGACGCCACCAAAACCUUUACGCACGCGAUCCCCGCCGAGUCGAGCACUGAUGCUCUCGCUGCGAAACAAUCUCACUUGAAUCACCUCCAAUCGCUCGUCCCCAUGCUGCAGGAUGAGAUCAACGUAUUCCUGACUGAGCGUAUGGAGGAAGACAAGAAGGCUCAAGGCGCGGUCUCCGAGAAAGAAGCCAAAGAGGAGGAAAAUUACGGCGAGGACGUGGUCGAGGAGGAUGCUUGA